GAGGCUAUAUCUGUCGGAGUAGUUUCCGAUGCGGAACAGGAAGAAGAGAGCUCGGUCAGAACCUGGAUCAACUAAGCAACCCCAAAGCAAAUACUCUAAUAACCCACCCGAUUUUGCCAACUUGGCGUCUCUUUAUCCUUCUUUCAAACCCUUUGUUUUCUUCUCCGGUGACAAUGCCACCAGAGAGCUCACUCGUACCCUCCUUGUACAUGAUCAUGGCGUCAACUGGAGUGAUCCCAAAGGCCUAAAGACUAAUUUCCUAGGGCCGAGGAAAACCAUGUUAAAUCUCGAAUUCCCGUGGCCAAUGCUACUCGAACCCAGGUGGUGGGACUUACAUCCUUAUACCACUGGACCAAGGCGACCGGACGGACAGCUUUGCCCUACUGUUCCUGAUAGAUCCAAUUACAUUUAUUGGACCAAUGACCUUUUGUCCUCUGAGACCAUUCAGAGUUUGGGUGGUGACUGAAGCAAAGUUAAGGGCUUUGACAUUGGUACAGGUGCCAAUUGCAUUUAUCCUCUCCUUGAUGCUUCCCUUUUUGGUUGGAGUUUUGUUGCCUCAGAUUAUACUGUUGUAGCUCUGGAAUGGGCAGGUAAGAAUGUCAAAAGUAAUCCCCAUAUCUCAGACCUUAUUGAGAUCAGAGACUCUAAACUUCUUCCACAGCGUUCCUCUGUCCCUGAGGUUGAAAAUAGAGAGAAUGAGAAAACCAUACCUGAGGCAGCCGAAACUUCCGCUAUGGUUCAGUCUGAUUAUCCUGUAUAUGACAACAAGAGCUAUACUGAACCAGCCGUACUACUUGGUGUUGUCAAGGAAAAUGAAACGUUCGACUUCUGUAUGUCUAAUCCUCCAUUUUUUGAGACCUUUGAAGAAUCAGGCCUUAACCCUAAAACUGCAUGUGGUGGAACUCCUGAGGAGAUGGUUUGCAAUGGUGGGGAGCAAGCUUUUGUGUCCCGUAUUAUCGAAGAUAGUGCUGUACUGAGGCAAAGAUUUAGGUGGUACACCUCAAUGCUUGGGAAGAAGGCUACCCUCAAGCUUUUGAUAUCUAAGCUUUGGGAAGUGGGUGUUACAAUUGUGAAGACCACAGAAUUUGUCCAGGGUCAUACUUGGGGACUCGCUUGGUCCUUCAUGCCCACAGCUAGGAAGAUAAUAACACCUCCUUUAGUCAAAAAGAGUGUUAUUUCAUUUAUGCUGAGGUGCAUAAAAUGGCAGUACAGUGCCGUUGAUGUGCUACAAUCAGUUGAAGAAUUCUUUAAGAGCUGUGGUGCCUCGUGCAAAUUGAGCUCUUCUACAUUUUCUGUUGAUAUUGUUGCGUCUAAUGACCAGUGCAAUAUAAUCUUGAAGAAUGUUACUACAGAUGUAGUUAGUGCAAGAAGCCACAUACAUGAAAAACAGUCACUGGUUGGCUCCACUUUGCAAGUCCCUGAAGAUAACCUAUCUUUUCGCAUCUUGGUGUUGCACCAGAUGCCAGGAACAUUGCUUAUAAAAGGAUCAUUACAGCAGAAAGAUAUCCCAGGAGCAGGAUUGUUCUCUAUAGUUUUUGGUUCGUUGGAAGAAAAUAUGAAGUCCAAAUUUUGUCAAUAACCACUCCCAGGGCACUGUUCUGACUUGAAGAAUGGCAUCUGGCCAAAGUUGGAUGAAAAAGAAUAUAAAGCACAUGUUCAUACACAGAAAACACAAGCCGUGUUUUAAUUCCUGCGUAAACUGAUACAAUUCCUCCCAACAGAGGCAAGCAGAAAUUUAGUAGCGACAUCAUGUUGUGGAUGAAAGUGUUGCAUAGCAGACCGCUCGUGUCUUUCAACCGCAUAGAUUUACUUGAAUGAUGACUUGAAAAGGCUUACCUUGCGGGGGAAGAUACACACGGCCAAGUAGGAGUACUUAAAAGUUAAAAGUAGUAGAGGAGAGAGAGAGAGAGAGAGAGAGAGGACUCUUUAAUUCACGGGAUAAAGCAAAGCUACUUUUGCUUUUCUCUCCAGUUUCUCUUUUUUGAUCAAUCAUAGCUUGUGAUGAAAAAAUGUAAGACCUCUACCAAAUACCUAUAUACAUCUUGCAGUGCAUGUGGGUGUAGUUAUUUUGAAUUGUCACUUUCUC